UCACCCGGCGGACUCCCGGCAACAAGGCGGGAAUGGCCGGCCUGCAGCGCGCAGGCGCAGUAACCCCUGGCGGUACUUCCGGGAUGAGUCUCUGAGACCUUUGUGGCGCAGACUGCGUUACGAGCGUGGGGGCGGGGGCUGGGGCUAGGGGUGGGGGGGCUCAGCGGCCGCGCCCUGUGUUUUCUGGUUCCAGAACCCGGGCCGCGCGAUGCGCUAUAACGAAAAGGAACUGCGAGCACUAUCCCGGCAGCCAGCAGAAAUGGCGGCGGAGCUGGGCAUGCGGGGCCCCAAGAAAGGCAGCGUAGCCAAGAGGCGGUUGGUGAAGCUGGUGGUCAACUUUCUCUUCUACUUCCGCACAGACGAGGCCGAGCCCCUCGGAGCCCUGCUGCUGGAGCGCUGCCGAGUGUCCCAGGAGGAGCCCAGCGCCUUCUCCAUCAGCUUUUUGGAAGACCCAGAGAGGAAGUACCACUUUGAGUGCUGCAGUCAGGAGCAGUGUCAGGCAUGGGUGGAGGCCCUGCGGCGGGCCAGUUAUGAGUAUAUGCGGAAAAGCCUCAUCUUCUACAGGAAUGAGAUCCAGAAGAUGACAGGCAAGGAUCCACUGGAGCAGUUCGGCAUAUCCGAGGAGGCCAGGUUCCAGCUGACUGGCACACCAGUGGACGGGUGGUCCUGCAUUGGCUCCAGGCUAGAUGCACUGGACUGACCUUGCACCAAGGCCUCUGCCUUGGAUUUCUGGAUGCCUGGGUCUGUGAUGGGAGUUGUUCGAGGGCUGAGUGGGGGCGAACAGGGGCUAUAGGGUUUAAGAGAAACAGCUUAGCAAGCACCCCUGCCCUGGUGCCUUGGAGCCCACCUGACAGGUCUGGCAUUUCUGUGUAUGUGCUGCUGCUGCCACCUGCUCAGGUGCAUCCAUUGAGAACACCUGAUUGUGGCAGCUCUCCUGCCCUGUACCAGCUGAAUGUAUAGUUAGGUGAAGCUGUGAAUAGUGAGGGGGGGUCUCUCUCGACCAGCUGUGAACUCGACUCCUGCUGAUGGGGGUGGCCUUGGUCCUCCCAAUUCACUUACUCUGUUCAAUAAAGGUACCUCUUUUCCAAUUAAAUGGUGGUGGAGUGAGGAAGAGGAUGCAGGCAGCUGAGGCACCUGAGCACACAUCCUUUGUUUUACCCAAGCAGGGUUGGACUACUGACCCUGAGAGGAGACCUUGGACCCUAAGUUAGGAAAGGCUAGGCUAGAGAGCUCACAGAUGAGGGCAGCAUUCCUAUUGUGGUAGAAAUUCUAAAGGGACCCCAGCAGUUCUACUGCUGUGGCUGGGUCCCUGGGUUUUGUUCAUCUGGAAGGCUUGGGUCCAUUACAUGUGGUUCUAAGAGGGCUGACUCUCCCUGAGUUGGGAGUCUCUGCCACUGUCAACUCCCAUGUCAAUGAAUGCCCAUAGAAGAAACGUUGUAAUCCAGACCAGGUUCAAGUGAAGAUUGAUUUUAUUACAGUGCCUAGAGGCAAAAACAAUGCAGUGGGACACCCGUUAAGUACAGAGCUCACUACAGGAGGAAGCAGAGCUGUGCCAAGUUACAGAUGAAGGCCCAGAGGGAGGAAUGCUGUGUGGUACUGGACUUAUAAAUGGAGUAGGGGGGGGCGGGAAGAACAGAGGAAUGAGGGAGUUUUAGUCUCUACCAGUGGUAUAGCAUAAAGACAUGAGAGCCAGUUCCUGCUAGUUAGCAGGGCGCCUCCCAGAUCUGUGUGUGGGGAUAUAUUGUCCUAAUCUCUACAAUUUCUUGGUCAGUUCCUGGGCAAGAGCCACAGGGAGACUAGGUCCACAGCAGCAUGCCCUCAAUCCAAAUGGCCUGGACCACCAAAAUGACAUCAGGCUCCAACACACCCAGUUGCAGGAAAACACUUAAGUCAAUGGGUAUCUGUGCAGGGAGCAAGGGGCCUGUUGGAGCCAGAGCCAGUGUCUGUCCCUCUGGUGGCUCAAAGUGGGGACAUGUAUUCAUGGUGGGGGCUGGGUACUCUGCCACCCAGCACUGACUGUGUUGGGCACACGCCCCAAACAAAGCUUUUGUCUCCCAGCACUCAAGUAUGUAGAUCAGGUCACAGGACAGAUAUUUAUUAAAUACGGCCUGUCAGCAGGAAUCCAUGCAGUAGCAUGGCCCAAGUGCACCGAGCUGUGGCUGCCUGGGUGGGCAGGCAGGCAUGAACACACAAGUGUUAAAAGAGUGUUUUCUUCCAAAUCAGGGAUUAUGUGCCAGCUUUGCUACUAUCACCCUGAAGUGUCCUAGAGGGCCCUUCUCCCCACUCCACCCCCAGGGUCCAAGGGAAUGAGGCACAGCACCUAUAGGCCCAGCAGAAGAGCACCAACACUGAAUGAGGAGGAGAAGGGGAGGAGUCACCAGCACCAUCUUCGGGGCUCCAGUCAGGGUGGGUUAGACCUGAUACACAGGAUUCCUUAAGGGGACCCCCUGCCUGGGGCUGAGUGCAGAGAUAGGCCUGAUGCUUUUAGGCCCUCCCUUCUCAACUAGAAGCCAAGGCUCAGGCUUCUGAGUCAGAUCUAGGUCAAAACCAGGGUAGGCUUAUAAGCAAGCCCAGGAAGUCCUGCUCUUGCUGUGCCCUGGCCAGUCUGUGGCUACAUCUAACACAUCUGCCCCCAGGCUAAAGAUGCCAAUUUUGGGGGUUGAGGAUGCCUAGCUAAGAGCAUCCACAGCAGCUAGAGGAGCAGUGGCAAGCUGGAGCUGACCAGAGGACACGGUGGGCCAUGUUUCCUGCAGGGUCCCCAGCCCCAGGGCAGGUAACCAUUUUUGUGCCUUCAAAUAAAUAAUUUCCCCCCUUCACUUUCAUUUUUAAGUUCAUUGUGCAUUAUACAAUCUAAAAAUAAAUGCAGUCAAGUCUA